AUGGCGACAACGGAAUUCACAGAGUCAAAGCCGCGGCAAUUAUUCCACGUCUCCCUUCACAGCUCAUGUCCAGCAGAAAUCAAUUUCAAGCAACUUGUUCUCGAGAGUGCACGUCAAUUGGAAUCUUCUGAACUCACUACUCCAUCAAUAAAUGCAGCUAAUAGUGUCCCACAAUUAGCCUGGAAUUCAGCGCCAGCAUUACGUCCACAACGUUUUAAUAUUAUUGAGCACUUGGAAAAGCGCUACGGGGGUGGCGCUGUAUUAAAUGAUGGAGAUGGAAAUGAUGUGGGUGGUUUGGACCGACGUGACGAUGAUGAUUUAUACGACUCGGAAGAUUCUUUUAUUGACGAUGAGGAAUUGCAGCAAAAUAUUGAGGAUGCAAAAGAACAGACUCGAAUUAAAACAAAGCACUCGGGCUUUUUUGUAAAUGCUGGAGACGAAAUUGAGACAUUUGAGAGGGAAGCGGAUGAAUUUGUUGACGGACGAGGCAAGAAACGCGCGGUGGAUGGUGCAUUAAGAUCGUUUCUGACUGAGCUUCCGGAUGGAGCUAGUGACUGGCAACCAAAUGUAGAGAUUGUGAAUAAACUCGAGGUGCUGAGGACAGCAGUUCAGGAGUUGGCAGGCGUAGCUUCGAUUCCAAAGGUUUUUCCAAGGUCGCUCGAUGAACCUCUACGUGCUGUAGAUAAAUUGGUUGUGGAAGCUCACCCGAACAAAUGGCGUGUAACGGGAUAUUUCGCGACAUUGAUGACAUUCUUGCCGUAUACGAAGCAGUAUUUGAAAUCGAAUAUGUUGCGUUUGGAAGCGCGCGAUGUCGCACGAAACGAAAAGGAGAAGUUGGAUGCCGCGUUUGAUACGUUAGCCCAGUUUGUUAGUACAUAUGAAAAGCGAGCGACUAUUGAGCCUAUUGAUGUGAUCAAAACAGACAUUGCAAAAGAUACAGAGCUUGGGACAAUGCUACAUGCAAUAAUUGAGCUUCAAGAAGAGUGGGUAGCAAGAGAAAAUGAAUACAGACAAAUGCUGAAGACGGAAGACAAAAAACACAUGAAAGAAUCUGAAUACAAGGCACUUAAUCAGCGCCAGGAACGGAAUCGAAUGUUCCACCGGGUCCUUGCUUUAUUUACACCAGGCGCAACCGACUUGCAGACACUACGGGCUUUAAACAAAGUAGCUAAGAGUAAAGCAUCUAAAAAGCCUCCACAGCCAAAAGUUUUAGUCAAAGGCGCCACUGCAGCAGCAAAGAAGAAAGUUAAUGAACCAGGCACUGUGGGAAGUGUCCCUGCUAAACGGUCAAUCAAACCUUUCAAAUCGCGGAUGAUGGAUGAGGCGCCACGUUUUGUCGAAGACGACUUUGAAGAAGUAGAACAGUAA